GGCCAGGGUAGGGCGAAGCGAGACGCCAAUCCCCAAAGAAAGAAAAGAACAACAACAGCCGUGCAUUACAGUCUUUUGAGAAGAUAUGAUUUGCUACGUUUGAAUCUACUUUUGUAUUUCCAGAUGAUAUUUUCUAGACAUGUGAACGGUUGAAUGUGUGCGGCAUCAAUUGUCAUAUGUGAUGAAAGUCACAAACUGCAAAGGACAACAGUCAUGGUUUUGAGAAAUUGAUCUUCCUGGAUAAAAAAGACCUAUUUACCACCACUGCACGGUUCAGGUUAAUGGAAAACCAGAUCUACAAAACAUGCAGAUGAGUCACACAGUGCACAUGUAAACGGGACACAGCCUCUGUGGAGAGCACAUGUGGAGUUAACGCAUCCUAAAACGGUGGAGAGCCAGCUUCAGUCAUGUCUCUAUCAACAGUGCUUGCAAAGGCACUUUUUGACAAUGCCGCUGAAAGCCCAGAGGAGUUAGCGUUCCGCAAAGGUGAUAUCCUGAUGGUUCUAGACCAGGAGCAGGAUGGUGGACCAGGGUGGUGGCUUUGCUCCCUACAUGGCCGUCAAGGAAUUGCCCCUGCCAACCGAUUAUGCCUCCUCCGAACUGUACAGACUCCAGCAUCAAGCACAGGUACAGAUACCCGGCGAGCUCCUAGUGUGGACUCGGUCCAUCUAUCGACUAGCCAGCAGGGCAGGGAAAAUGGACUGAGCACUGAAGAUUCAGAUGGGGUGUAUCUCACACCACCCAGUUUAGCUGAAGGGGUGUACCAGAGCCCUGGGGCUGCUCCUGCCCCUGCCAGGUCUGGGGAGCUAUGUCACCUUGAUGGAGGAAGCCCACGAUCACAUUCUAGUUCCGGAACCAGGCCUUGUCCAGAUUGGAGCGAUGUGGGUGUUGCCGGACGACCCCAUUCACCCUCACUUAGAGAACAGGGUGGCGAGUCAGGGACCCUCUACCAGACUCCUACCUCACCUGCGCCAGUGGCAGCACAACACAGAUCACAAGGUGCACUGACAUCCGAUUCAGUGUACCUGACUCCAAGUGCUGUUCCCAGGUCUGCAGCUGAAACAGCAGUGGAGGCUAAGUAUUUAAGUCCACGAGAUGCAGGGGCCAGUACCUCUGAUGGAUGCUACUUGGUGCCUACAGCAGCUGUUGCUGCAUUGGCUAGUGAGAAUUUAUAUCAGAGUCCUACAAGUGGUGCCCCAGUGGCAGGACAGUGUGUGCCAAGAAUGACUUCAAAACUUACGAAUGGGAUUGUACCCAAAAGCAGCCCAUCUUAUUCUACUAGUCCUUCUCAGAAUAAGACUGGCCUGGAUGCCCCAGGGAUGUACCAAACCCCAACCCCACCUGGGGAUGCUAUAUCAAGGACCCCUCAAUCUGACCGCAAACAUCCCACUGGAACUGUAGGAGUGUCUGGAGCUUCGACACCAGGCCAGUAUCUUAAGCAGACACCUCCCUCUGCCCGAAGAUCCCAAAAGGGUACUACUUCAUCUCCUCCUGUUGGUCAAGGAAAACUGGCCCAGGGUGGCCUGAGAGAAUCCCCUUUACUUACUGGGGCGGGAAAGUCUGGAGUAUCAGGGUCCCCAAACUUUGGCCGCAAACCUCCUCCGCCAGCACCUCCUGUUAGAAGUGUGACCAGGAAGGAUUUACCUCAGUCUAACUCGGUUCCAACUACCAAACCUGUUCUCCAGGCCAACCCUGCGCCCCCACAGACAAACGUACUGGAGGAAGAGAGACAGGGAAGUAUAAAUGGACACGUGCAAGUGGAGGAGAUGAAGAAGAACAGUGAAAUAGUGACCAAGAGGGAGAGUGCAAGUUCUCAGGAUGAGAAACUCUGUGAGGAGGUAUAUGAUACACCUCCAACAAAUAAGUGGCAGCAAUCAGUUCCUAAAGUGCCUUCUGAGGAGGAUGAUGGGAUCUAUAACACCCCUCGCGCUGUACCCCUACACACUGACCAAGCCUCAGAGAUUUAUGAUGUUCCCUCUCUGGCCCUGAAUUCCUCCUCUCUGGCUGGAGAUGCAGAGGAUGAGGAUGUGUACAGUGUUCCCAGUCUUCCCGGUUUACCCUUGGAGGCAAGCGAGUUGCCAGGAUUAACUGCAGAAACUGCUGGAAAUGGAUGUACCUAUUCGAUUUCCAGUCCAAGAAAGCCAGACUUAACUUCUGAAGAUGUGUCAGAACCUGAUGGAGGCAUCUAUGACAUGCCUGCCCUCACUCUAGAAAUCCCGACAUGCCGUUUAUCUGUGUCAAGCACAGACUCUGGUGACAUCCAGUGGAAAGCGUCUCUCUCUGCUCUUGUCCAAUCAGCCCUGACCUCUGCCUCUGUCACCACCACCCCAUCACGAGACCUCGCCUCUGCAUUGGCUGAGAUCCUCUCUGUCUGGAAGGCUGGGCAUGUUGGUGAUAUUCCUUUAGUUCUCCAGCAGGCAUGGUCCCGUCUCUCUGACCUCCUUCCCGCCCUUUCGGUGUGUGGCACUGCCCCUCCAGGCGACGGUCUGCUCACGAUGGUCCGCUGUGCCCUUGAAGACUCCGUCUCCCUUAUACAGAGUCAAGUGCGACCUUGUUUACCUUCCCAGGAGUUUCUGUCCCGGAGACCUCUACCUGCUUUGCCGGUGGCAGAGGUCAAACCGAUCACAGGGGACAUGGGAUCACGGAAGGGCAGCUGGAUCCAGGAACGACCGCUGCCACCUCCACCACCCGCAGCCUUCCCUUUGCCCCUGACAUCAGUUUCUUUAGCACCGACUGUGGGAAGAAUGGAGGAUGAGGAACAAGGGAAUGUGUAUGCAGGAAUCGGCCUGACUCCUACACCCCUGCCUUCAUAUCCUGUAGGUGAUAGUGUGGGAUACGUCAAACUGCAGGGGAAGCCAGAGCCUCUACCAGACACCAAUACAGAGCACAGUUCUUCACAGCUUAUCACCACAACUGAUAAUAAAGUGAGUCCUGCCCCUUCAGUCUCUCUGUCUCUUGAAGAUUCAGAGCUGCUCUCCUUCUACUCCAACCAAAGUCUCUCUCAUCUUUCUUGCCUAUCUGAUGCCAUCGAUUCCCUGUUCACAAGUGUCCAAGGGAACCAACCACCCCGAGUCUUCGUUUCCAGGGGGAAAAGUCUCAUUGUGACUGCGCACAAACUUGUCUUUAUUGGGGAUACACUUGCAAGGCUUCUCAGCGCUUCAGACCUCAGAGCAAAGGUCACCAGCUGCAGUGGACGCCUCUGCCAAGCUCUGAAGGCUGUUGUCAUGGCAACUAAGGGUGCAGCCCAAAAUUAUCCUUCGGUCCCUGCUACGCAAGAAAUGGUGGACAGAGUAGCCGAUCUAUCCCAGCAUGCAGCUGGCUUCUCUGGGCUUUUGCAGCGAUUAGCUGAGAUAUCUUGAUGUUAUUUGUGGGUGGGUGAACCUUUAUUGUUUUCACAGUGGAAUGCCUUAAUAUUUUUUUUUUUUGAGGAUGCAUCAAAAGCAUGUCACUGCUUGUAUUAGUUCAACAGUGAUGAAAUGAUCAAAAACGGUCGGUGAGUAUAUGUUGGAGUGUAUCUGCUUGCCUGUGUUGGGUUUAACACUUUUGACAUGUCUGUCUUUUUUUCUUGUUUUUUGGUGCCAAGCACACUUAUGCAUUUUAAUAACUUAUUGAUGGAUGUUUUGUUGAAUAUGUUUGCAACCUCAGGCACAUUUUAAUAGCUUUAUUUUGUCCCCUUAAUCAUAUUGACAACAAUGCGGUGACAACAAAGUGGUCUUCUAUAUUUAAGGGUGCUCUCGUAAACUGGUCUAAUUUUUCAGUUUGUUAGUAAAUGUGAAGUGGCCUUGAUGUUAUAGAGAUUGAAGUGACUAAUUUGACAGCCCAGGAGGUUUCAGUUGUGCUGCACAUGUAACCAAAACAGAUAAAACUUACCUAGUUUCAAACGUUUAACAAGAAGGAAUACUUGAUUAUUUAAACAGACAUGAAGAAAAACACUACUUUUUAAAUGAGAGAUUCAACAGUGUAUUGAAUUUCUGGGAGAGAUAUCUUUUUUUUUUCACAAUGCUGAUUUAAAGAUAAACCUGUCUGUCAGGUCCACUCUGGACAGCCUCUUUCUUCACACUCUGUUUCACUCCCUUAUUUUUUCUUCCCGUAAUUCUCACACUCUCACUUUUCCUUCACAUGCUCACAUAGGCAGCUCAAUGUUGAAGCAGUCUGGACAACAACUCUUGCACAAUAAAUAUCAAAAGUUUUUUUUUUUUAAAUGGGCUAUGCAGCAUUUCUGAAAAUGGCAAUAUAUAUCUAGUAGCUUCCAUAGUGGGCAUUGAAAUGCCAGUGCUUACAAUAUCUUGUACUCAAACAGGCUUGGUUCUAAUUAGACUGAACCUUGUGUAUCUUACCCAUUGAACAGUGCUUAAACAGGUUGAAACAUGCACCUGUUUCCCACCUGUCAUGAAAAAUCAAGUCGGUGUCAUAAAUGUACUGUCGUGUUUACAAGACGCCCUCAUAGUCUGUAUCUCAGAGCCCAUUCCUGCAUCUGUUAAUUCCUCCAUCUGCUCUCUUUUUCUGGCUCUUUCCCCUGUCUUUGUCUGGAAAUACCCUCAUCUCUUUUUAUAUUCACGAUCGACAUGCUGGCCACCAGUGCAGUGCUGUUAUUGUGUUAUUCUUGCUGUUCGACUUCGGUUCGGUUUGACUGGUUCCUUGCAUAUUUACAGUUACUGACUCUUGCGAUUUAAUAAUUUAGCCAUAAAAAGGUCAUAGUUUACAUCUCAAGUAGCCUUCCCUUUAUUACUGCCUUUUUGAAAAAUGUACCUUUU